AUGGAACAGGCACAGUAUUUGAUGUGGGGGAAGAGGAAGCACAGUUUUAAUCCUCAUAUUCCGGCAACGCCGAUGAACCGUUUAUACAAUGAUUCUUGGGAAGAACAAGCUUUUGCAGAAGAUGCAGCUGGACCUCUUGGUGGGUGUAUAUGGCCUCCACGCUCUUAUUCUUGCAGUUUUUGCAGAAGGGAAUUCCGGUCAGCUCAAGCUUUAGGUGGUCACAUGAAUGUUCACAGGAGGGAUAGAGCUAGAUUAAAGCAAUCUCCAAGUUCCUGCAAUGAAACUCAACAUCCUAACCAUCAAAAUCUUCACAACCCCAUCCAGAAUUCCUUUACAUCUUUGGGGUUUCAGCACCCAUCUCAGGUUUGUACCUUGGUUUAUAACCCUAACCCUAAUUCUUCCGAUCCUGGUAUUAUGGUAUCAUCAGCCUCACCUUCUAGGGUUUCAGCUUCAUCAACUCAAGAAAAUUGUAGUGCAAAAAGCUUUAUCAAUCCUCAUUCUUCUCCUAUUGUCCAAGAACACCAAAAGAGGUCUCCCAUUUCUUCCUCUCCAUCUUGGUCAAAUUUGGUUGCUGACAAAUAUUAUUGUGUUUCCGAUCUGAAAACUGAAGAAGAGAAAAAUUCAAGAUUUGUAGAUUCAAGGCAUAGGGCUAAGGGAGAUUAUGUCACAACUGAUUUAUCUGUGAGCUUGAAUUUGGUUGUCCGUCGAACUCAUCCAACUGUGUCGAGUGGUAAGGAUGAGACCGCUGAUAAUUGCAAGAGAAGGAGAACUGAGCCAUCCUCGUUACCUUUCUUCCUAAAGCCAAGAUCAGUUGAUAGACAACAUGUGCAAUCAAAGGUACUUGAAGUCAGCCCCAACUCCAUAGAGGACUUGGAUCUUGAACUCAGGCUUGGCGACCGGCCUCUGGGUGUAACAAUAACAAGAUGUAUAUCACAUAAAGCAUUAAAACUUCACCAAAAGAAGUAUGAUAAUGAUACAUAUCAGCUUUGGAUUCUUUUACAGAGGUGUAUAUCUUGGAAUGUCUACACUAGUUUUGUUGCCGGCCGUUUUAUUAUACAGAAUGAUUAG